GGCGACUAAAGAAGCAGCUGGUGGAGAUAAUGGAGAGAGAGCUUAUCGGAGUGUGUCGCUGAUUGCACUUGGGUUCGGUUCGGUUCGGUUGUGAGUGAUUGAGUGAGUGAAUCCGGACUGUACUGCCACUGUGGGUCGCUGUUGAAUGAGAACUAACUGGACAUCGUAAAGUAAACAGUAAACACAUCUGAUCUGGAUCCAAGUGCACCAGUUCCAGCAGAACAGUCAGACAGUGUGGGUGAGAGGGUGAUGAGGCUGGUGUGGAAGUGAGAGCACUAUGGGAGGAUGUGUGGGGAGAGAACAGCAGGACUCGGGGGCCCCUUCCCGGAGAACCAGGGGCCAAAGAAAACGAGGAGCUCGUAACGAACCCCUGAAGAAGGACAAGCUUCGAUGGAAGAGCGAUUACCCCAUGACGGAGGGUCAGCUGCGCAGUAAGAGGGACGAGUUUUGGGACACGGCUCCAGCCUUCGAGGGCCGUAAGGAGAUUUGGGACGCCCUAAAAGCGGCUGCCGUGGCUUUGGAAUGUAACGACCUUGAGCUGGCACAGGCUAUACUGGAUGGUGCCAACAUCACACUACCGCAUGGAUCACUAACAGAAUGCUACGACGAGCUGGGCAACCGCUACCAGCUACCCGUCUACUGCCUGGCACCCCCAGUCAAUCUGAUCACAGAGCGCAGCGAGGAAGAACCGGCGUCGGAGACCGGCGAACCCCAGACCGCCCCCAAAAAGGAGUUCCAGCUCAAGGUGCGCCUCUCGACGGGCAAGGACGUGCGGCUCAGCGCCAGCAUGGCCGACCCGGUGGGCCUCCUGAAGAAGCAGCUGCAGGCUCAGGAGGGCAUCGAGGUGGCGCACCAGCGCUGGUUCUUCUCGGGCAAACUGCUCACGGACAAGACGCGCCUGCAGGACACCAAGAUCCAGAAGGACUUCGUGGUGCAGGUGAUCGUCAACCAGGCGGAUCCUUAAAUCCGGAGCCAGCGGGGCACCGCGGGACACGAGGGGUGUUUUUAAUCUUUUUAGUUUUUUAAUUGUUCGAAUUUUUCCAUGAGGAACUGUGUGUGGUUCUGUUUCAAUCUGCUAAAACGACUCGGUGAUGGAUUCUGACGGAGCCGAUCUGUGAAAAGAAACGUUUGCAGUUGCUUACGAGCCCCCCCGAAAUGCAACGAGGAGAAAAUUAAAAGGAGAAAAUAGAUUAAAGCUCGUAAAUCUC